AUGGCCGAUUUCGAUGUGGAGGACCUGCUGAAGAAGCUCACCGUCUCCGAGAAGGUCGACCUUCUUGCGGGUAUCGACUUCUGGCACACCAAGGCUCUUCCCAAGCACAACGUCCCUUCCGUGCGACUAUCUGAUGGUCCCAAUGGCGUUCGCGGCACCAAGUUCUUCAAUGGCGUUAAGGCCGCCUGCUUCCCCUGCGGAACGGCCCUUGGCGCCACUUUCAACACCACCCUCCUAGAGGAGGCUGGAAAGAAGAUGGGUGAAGAAGCCAAGCUCAAGGGAGCUCACUGCAUUCUCGGCCCGACCAUCAAUAUGCAAAGAUCCCCUCUCGGUGGCAGAGGCUUCGAGUCUCUGGGUGAAGACCCUGUCUUGGCCGGCCUGGGCUCUGCCGCCAUCGUGAACGGCAUUCAGAGCACCGGCAUCCAGGCGACGCCGAAGCACUUUGUUUGCAACGACCAGGAGCACAGGCGCAACGCUGUUCACAGCAUCGUAACUGAGCGAGCCCUGCGCGAGAUCUACGCCCUCCCUUUCCAGCUGACUUUUCGCGACUCGCAGCCCGGCGCUCUGAUGACGGCCUACAACGGUGUCAACGGCAAGUUCUGCAGUGAGAACCAAGAGCUGCUUGAGGGACUUGUUCGCAAAGAGUGGGGUUGGGACGGCAUGAUCAUGAGCGAUUGGUACGGCACUUACAGCACAACGGAGGCGGCCAACGCUGGUCUCGAUCUUGAGAUGCCCGGUCCUCCGCGCUUCCGUGGAGAGCCCCUGAAGUUCAACGUUUCAACCGACAAGGUCCGCCAACACAUUCUAGAUGAGAGAGCUCGUGCUAUGCUCAAGUUCAUCAAGAAGUGUGUGGCAACUGGCAUCCCUGAAGGCGCCCCGGAGAAGACUGGCGACACUCCUGAGACCGCUGAGCUGCUGAGACGCAUUGGCGGCGAGAGUCUCGUUCUUCUCAAGAAUGAGAACAGCGUUCUUCCCCUCAAGAAGGACAAGAAGACCGUCGUCAUCGGCCCCAAUGCCAAAAUUUGCACCUACCACGGCGGCGGCUCCGCUUCUCUGGCUGCUUACUACUCCGUCACCCCCUUUGACGGAAUCAGCAAGAAGCUGAGCUCUCCACCCGAGUACACCGAGGGUGCCUACUCCCACAAGCUUCUGCCUCUCCUUGGCAACGUUGUCAAGUCCAAUGGCCAACCCGGCAUGACCAUGAAGGCUUACAACGAGCCGCCCACCGACCACAGCCGCGAGUGCCUCGACGAGCUUAUCCUGACCAAGACCGAGCUCCUGCUUGUUGACUACUACAACCCCAAGUUCAAGUCCAACCUCUGGUACGCCGACUUUGAGGGCAGCUUUGUCGCCGAGGAGGAUUGCACCUACGAGCUCGGCCUCAUCGUCUGCGGCACCGCCAACCUGUUUGUCAACGACAAGCUUGUCAUCGACAACACCACCAAGCAGCGCCAGGGAGACGCUUUCUUCGGCGCCGCAACCGUCGAGGAGAAGGGCCGUGUCGAGCUCAAGAAGGGCGAGACUUAUACCUUUAAGGUCGAGUUCGCCUCGGCCCCUUCAUCCAAGCUCCAGGGUGACAAUGUCGUCUUCGGUGGUGGUGCCCUCCGCAUCGGUGGUUGCAAGGUUAUUGAUGACAAGGCCGAGAUCGCAAAGGCUGCUGCCCUCGCGAAGGACGCCGACCAGGUCAUCAUCUGCUCUGGCCUUAACGCUGACUGGGAGACUGAGGGCAAUGACCGCGCCGACAUGGAGCUUCCUGGCUACCUCAACGACCUCAUCUCUGCCGUCGGCAAGGCCAACCCCAACACCGUCGUCGUUAACCAGUCAGGAACGCCUGUGCGCAUGCCGUGGAUCAAUGACGUUGCCGCCCUUGUGCAGGCCUGGUAUGGAGGCAACGAGACGGGUAACGCCAUCGCCGACGUCCUGUUCGGCGAUGUCAACCCGUCAGGAAAGCUGUCUCUCAGCUUCCCCGAACGCGUCCAAGACAACCCGGCUUACCUCAACUACCGCGCUGAAGCCAGCCGCACUCUGUACGGCGAAGAUAUCUACAUUGGCUACCGCUACUACGAAUACAUCGACCGCCCCGUCCUCUUCCCCUUUGGUCACGGUCUGUCUUACACGAGCUUCGCCUUUAGCGAUCUCGUCGUCAACGACAAGGACGGCAAGCUUACCGUCGACGUCACAGUCAAGAACACAGGCUCUCUACAAGGUGCCGAGGUCGUCCAAGUUUACGUGGCGCCUAAGCAGAAGGCCAAGAUCAACCGCCCACUCAAGGAACUCAAGGGCUUCGCCAAGGUGGCGCUGAAAGCGGGCGAGAGCAAGAAGGUGACGGUCAGCAUCGAGACCAAGUACGCUGCCAGCUACUUCGACGAGGAACGCCAUCAGUGGUGCGCAGAGAAGGGCGAAUACGAUGUUGUCGUCAGCGACAGCAGUGUUGUCGCCGACAAGGCCCUCAAGGGAUCCUUCAGCGUCGGAAAAUAG